AAUCGAGGAAGAGGAGGCCACGAGUAAGAGAGUGUCUCUUUGUUUCCCCUGCUAAAUGGAGAAGGUGAUGGUAAUGGUGGUGGUGGUGGCAGCAGCUGCGGCAGUGGCCUUCGGCGUUGGGCGCUCGGAGGCGGCGGUUUACAAGGUGGGGGAUGCGGUGGGAUGGACCAUUUUGGGGAGUCCAAACUACACGGCAUGGACCGUAUCGAAGGACAUCCAGUUGGGAGACACCAUAAUGUUCGUGUACAACAAGAACUUCCACAACGUGGUGGAGGUGAGCAAGGAGGACUACAAAGCGUGCAACGCGGCGUCGCCUAUUGCCACCUACACCACCGGCAACGACUCCAUCACCCUCAAGCGCCGCGGCCACCACUUCUUCAUCUGCGGCGCCCCCGGCCACUGCGGCGCCGGCCAGAAGGUGGACAUCAGGAUCUCCAAGCUGCACUCGCCUUCCGCCGCCGCCCCCGCUAAGUCGACUGCGACGUCGUCCCCUGUUCCAGGCGCUGCCGACGCCGGAGGCUCGGUCUCAGGACCUGCCCCCGCGCCAGGCCCUCGACCCAGCGCUGCCGGCGAGGGACGUGAUCUUUCGCCGGAGGUGCUGCUUUGCCUUUCUGCUAUAUCUGCGGGAUUGAUUAUGAUGUAGUCAUGAAACAAAGCGAGCGAACGAUUUGAACAGAGGUGUGCUUUUAAACUUGAUAUUAUUGUUUGCAAACUAGCGAUUGUUUCUUAAAUUGAAAUUGGAUAAAUAUUUAAAAAGUAAA